AUGGAGCGCAACGACGCUGACUCAUCUGAAGAAAGCAUAGUCGAAGAUAAUUAUUUAGAUCAAGAACCGCAAGCGCAAGUAUUAGAAGAGGAUAACUAUUUAGAAGAUCAACCUGCAAGUCAACAUGUAAAUACAAAGCGUAAAGGGUGCAAUAAAAGGGUUAUUAAUGAAAAACUAAGACUGACGGAGAAAAGGUACUUGGGAUUCACACAGCCCAAAAAUAAAAAAAAAAACGUUUUAAAACAAAAAAACAUGAACAUUUCGAAGCUGAUCGUCAAAUUUUUAUGCCUUUGCUCACCGUUGAAAGCGUUCUGCUCCGCGAGUCCACUUCCCGUUAACGAAGAAGAGUUUCGAUACUUCAACGUCGGCGUCCUCAUGGCAUCGCAGAUGAACUAUCCGUUCGACCUUGAACGCUGCGGACCCGCCAUCGAUAUGGCUUUGGAAGAAGUCAACGAGAUAUUUCUUGCGCAGCACAAGAUUAGACUGAUGAAAGUGCAAAGCAGGUAA